AUGGGUGAUUCAACCGUAAGCAAAUGGUCUGCAGGAGUAGGCUAUGGUCCAGUCCUCUCCCAAACUGAUCUUUAUUUGCUCAAUACCGAGCUGCAACUACACCCGAUCAUGGCUGGUACAAACCAUGGCUUCCACCUCAUGUUCAACCUUGUCACUGGUUCUACGGGCGGCUUCAACCCCAAUGACCGGGAUCGUGAUAUCCCUUUUUCUGCCAAGGACGAGCCUGCAACGCUUCCCCGCGUUCAAGAUCUCAUCAUCAUUACGGAAUCCAGCCCGUGGUGCACGGUAGUACAUAAUGAGCGUGGAGUUACUAUGGGCGAUGUCUGCAGCACGAUUUGGAAAGAGUACACAGAGAAUUAUGUGACCGAUGCAGAAUUUAACGUUCUCCCUCCAAGAUUGCAGGAACAGGUCAAGAGGGCCGCUACGCACAAUAAUGCCUCCGGUGCAGCUUGGAACAUGUAUUACAAUACCCCUGCGCCAAAUCGGUACAAGCGGGUCGAUUGGCUUCGAGACAAAUACUACUUUGAUGGUCUGUCAAAGAAGGACAGCUACUCGAUUCAGCGCCUUGGUUUCAAGGCCCCCAACAUAUUUGUACUAAACCUCACCUCGUGA